GCCUCGUUCGAGAUCACACCCAUUAUGAGAUAGUAAAGACAGUGAGCAUCUAGAGAAAGGCGGGAGUGUGAUCAGGGAAGUGUGCGUGAAGUGUAUAAUUCAUUAGGCAAAGCGUUUCUGUAACGUUCGUCCUCCUUCGGAGAGAUGGCCAUGCAACACGUAGCCACGGUGGCUUUUGCUUUCGGCCUUCUGGGCAACAUCGUUUCCUUCAUAACCUUUCUUGCUCCGCUGCCCACUUUCUGCGGAAUCUGCAAGAGAAAAUCUACGGAAGGGUUUCAGUCGAUUCCCUACGUGGUGUCACUUCUGAGCGCCAUGCUUCUGCUGUACUACGGACUGCUCAAGAAGGACACUCUCCUCAUCACCAUCAACGGAAUCGGCUGUGUCAUCGAGACUGUUUACGUGGCUGCCUACCUCAUCUACGCCUCGAAGAAUGCUAGGAUGACGACCUUGAAGCUUUUCCUGAGCAUGAACGUAUUGGGGUAUGGUGCAGUGCUCUCCACCACUUUCUUCCUAUCAAAAGGAGCAAAUCGCUCGCGGAUUCUAGGAUGGAUUUGCAUGACAUUCUCUCUAGGCGUAUUUGCCGCUCCACUUUGCAUCCUGAGAAAAGUCGUAAAAACCAAGAGCGUUGAGUUCAUGCCGAUAACUCUAUCAUCCUUCCUCACGCUCAGUGCAAUCGUGUGGUUCUUCUAUGGCUUUCUCCGCAAAGACUACUUCAUUGCCGUGCCAAACGUGUUGGGAUUCGCAUUGGGAGUGGUUCAGAUGGUGCUUUACGCAAUAUACAGGAAGAACGCACAGAAAGUGGUAGUGGAGCCUGAUUUGCAACCGCAGGAAACGAGGGAAGAGAUCAUCCACGUCGAGAAGCUGAGCGCAGCCGUGUGUCAAGAGCUUAAACCAGUGCUAGCUGCGCAGUUGAAGGAUGUCCUGAAAGACGGCGUUGGCGAAGAUGACCAAAUCGUCGAGAUGGCUUCCAAAGCAAUCUAGGCAGGAAUCGCUGCUCAUGGACAAAAGCUUGACCAGUGCACUAUCCAAGGUCAAGCACCAUUCCUAAUGUUACGAUACCAGUACACUUGUCUUGUUUAGCAAACUAUCUCCUCUC